GCAACGGUAAUAUAUUGAUGUCUAUUUGUUUUGAUUGUUAAAAUUGUUGCUGUUGUCAAUGGCAACUAUAAACAAAAUGGUUUAUGAUACAUUUUAUACUAUAGUUUAAAUACCUUUAAUUUAAACAAGGUGCUGUAAAAUGGGAAAUGAAAAGUUGUUGUUCCGUUUGGAACAACCCCAUGGGCCAGGGGACAUUUACAUUGCAUGGCAAAAGGGCUCAGGAAACUAUUUAGCUACAACUGGUAUUGAUGCCAUGGUCAACAUUUUUGAUAGAUAUGGGCAAAUUCAAGAAAGAAUUAGGCUUCAAAGUUUAUGUUCAGGGUUUGCCUGGGAUAUGGACGGUGAUGUGUUGGGAAUCAUUAGUCAAUCACCACAGUUGAUUUUAUGGGAUGCAAAUACAAAUAAAAAGCAAAUAGUUGAUGUUGGCUUAAGAGAUCCCAUGACUUGUAUCCUAUGGUCAAAGAAUGCACCAGUAUUAGCAGUUGGUACAUCUAAAGGAAAUGUUUCAAUUUACAAUCAUACAACAUCAAAGAGAAUUCCUAUAAUUGCUAAACACACAAAGAAGAUUACUUGUGGCGCUUGGAAUGCUGAAAAUCUUCUCGCUUUAGGUUCAGAAGACAAAACUAUUUCUAUAAGUAAUAUAGAAGGCGACACUUUGAGAGUUAUUAGUUUGCGUUCUGAGCCUACAGAGGUGCAAUUUUCUGAAAUGAAAUUGGAUGAACGAGUUGGUGGAGAAAACACGGUAAGCGUGAUUGUUGGCAAGAGAACUUUGUAUUUGUUCAAUCUUCUGGAUCCUGAAAAUCCCAUAGAGCUUGCCUUUCAGCAGCACUAUGGUUCAUUGACUGUUUAUAAAUGGUUUGGUGAUGGGUAUAUUUUACUAGGAUUUAAUGCGGGAUACUUCAUCGCGAUUUCGACGCAUAUUAAAGAAGUUGGACAGGAAUUGUUUCAAAUUCGAAAUCACAAAAUAAAUUUAACAGACAUAGCGUUAUGUCAACCAAUUGGCAAAGUUGCUUCAGCUGGAGACAAUGUCGUGAAGAUUCAUGAUAUAUCCAACCUGCAAGAAACGUUAAGUGUAAUAACCCUGAGUCAGGAAAUUGGAGUGGAUAGAGUUGGAUGGAGCUCAGACGGACAAUUGUUGGGUGUAUGUACGAGAAAUGGAUCAUUGAAUGUUUAUGUCUCGCAUAUGCCCACUUUAACUGCGGUCUGUGGUCCAAGAAUCGCUGUUUUAUCAAGUUUAACCGAAGUCAGCUUAUAUAAUUUCACAACAGAUAAAUCGAAGUUAACGCCAAUACCAAUAUGUUUAGAAACAGAACCUCAGGUAAUAUCUGUCGGGCCUUAUAAUCUAGCUGUUGCCAUGAAUAAUAGAGGUUGGUUUUAUGACUUAACUAGACCACAACCUGGUGUUGAUGAUGCUCCACUGAUGCUUAAAGAUAGACAAUACUUAGGAAACGUUACCAGUAUUAAAUUAAACGCCGAAUAUGCUUCAAUAUUGUUUGAUGGAAAAAUUCAUUUACAUAUGAUUGAACAACCUGUGGCUGAACACGAGGAAAGGGAAAGCAUAAUAUUUCCUGAUGAUAAUUCUCCAGCUGGUGUUAUACAGUGCCAUGCUCUUACAACUGAAUUUUUAAUAUACGGAACAGAUUUAGGUCAUAUUGUGUAUUUCUGUGUGGAAGAAUGGGCAGUAUCGAGUUAUUACAAGCAUCCAGUUGGCAUUGAAAAUAUUUACGUUGAUCCCGCAGGAACCCGAUUAAUAUUUUUUGAUGUGAAGAGUCAAGGUUUUCUCUACAACGCUGUUCUAAACGAAACUUUACCUGUGCCCGAAUUACCGAACAAAGUUAGUGGUGUUACAUGGGAUAGUAAUCUAACCGAUAGAAAUGUGUUUAUUGUUUAUGACGAGAAUGAAAUCGAUACGUAUUUGUAUGUUAAAUUUUCAGUUCAUGGUUCAUGUGUUAAGAAGAUCGGUAAAACCACAUUGGCUUCAAAACAGACGCCGUUACUAAUGUAUGGUGGUGAAAUUAUGUCUGCUACUUCAGGUGGGCAAUUGACACAACUCACUUUAUCAACGCACGAUGCAGCACCAUUAACUGAAAAAGACAAAAGCGUUUUGGAGAAUAAUUUUGCAAAGCAACUGGAUUUACAAAGAUUCAAUAUAGCAUGGAGUACAUGUUUGCUUUUAAAUUCUAAAGAGUAUUGGCUCAAAUUAGCGCAACAAGCUAUAAUUAAUUUGGACAUUGAUUUAGCUAUUCGCGUUUAUAAACAAUUGGAUGAUGUAUCAAUGGUAUGGUCUUUACGCGAAUUGGCGGAUAUCGAAGAUCAAAGAUUGUUGGCAGGUCACAUUGCUAUGUACUUAAAUGAUUAUGAUCAAGCCCAGAUUUGGUUUUUGAAAUCAAGCGAACCAUGGGCUGCUUUAGAGAUGCGAAGGGAUUUGCUGCAAUGGGACCAAGCUUUGCAAUUAGCGAAGAAGAUGGCGCCCGAUCAAAUUCCGCAGAUCUCAAGAGAAUACGCGCAGCAAUUGGAAUUCACGGGCAAUUACACCGAGGCGUAUUUGCAUUUCGAAAAGGGUCUCCAGGAGACAAUAAAUCAAGACCACGUGGUAAUCUGUAAGGCUGGUAUUGCAAGAACAGCAAUUCGUUGUGGUAAUUAUAAACACGGUGUGCAUGUUGCUUUGGAAUUGCGAAACAAGCAACUGCUGAAAGAAUGUGGAGAGAUUUUGGAAAGCAAGAAGCAGUUGCAGGACGCGGCUACGUUAUACGAACGUUCUGAAAAUUAUGAUAAAGCUGCUGGGUGCUAUAUAAAAUUGAAAAAUUGGGUUAAGGUUGGGGAAAUUUUACCCCAAGUGACAUCGAAUCGCGUGCAUAUCCAAUACGCCAAAGCCAAAGAGAAUGAAGGGAAGUAUCAGGAAGCCGCUCAGGCCUAUUAUGUGGCUAAGGAUUUCGAUUCGGUGAUUCGUCUACAAUUGGAAUAUUUGAAUAAUCCAGAAAUAGCGGUUGAAUUAGUUCAAGAAACUAAGAGUACCGAAGGGGCAAAAUUGGUUGCACGCUUUUUCCAACGCUUGAAUGAUUAUCCCACUGCUAUCAGGUUCCUAGUUUUGUCGAAAUGUCAUGACGAAGCUUUCGAAUUAGCAAGGAAGCAUUCCAAGUUGCAGUUGUAUGGGGAAAUAUUGCUGAACAGUUUAGACCCAGAUGAAAUUAAGCCAGAAUACUUUAACAGCUUGGCCCUAUAUUUUGAAAAUGAGCGUAAUUAUUUGUAUGCUGGAAAGUAUUGGUAUCAUGCCAAAGAAUAUAAUAAGGCUAUGAAACAUUUGCUGAAAGCUUCUAAAUUGAAUUCUGAUGAAAAUGAGUCAAUUAGUACAGCUAUUGAUGUCGUCGCUUCAUCAGGAGAUGAAGCUCUAUCAAAUCAACUAAUAGAAUAUUUAUUAGGUGAAGUGGAUGGUUUACCUAAAGAUCCCAAAUAUUUGUUCAGAUUGUACAUGGCGCGAAAACAAUUUAAAGAAGCAUCGAAAUCUGCUGUAAUCAUCGCCGAUGAGGAACAGAUUAAUGGGAAUUAUAGAAACAGCCACGAUGUCCUAUUUGGAAUGUACCAAGAGUUGAAGCAAAAUGGUAUAAGAAUUCCAAGAGACAUGUAUGCCAAUUUAAUGCUGCUGCAUAGUUACAUACUUGUCAGGUUGCAUGUGAAACGAAGCGAUCACAUGAAAGGCGCUAGAAUGCUCAUUCGAGUUGCAAACAACAUAUCAAAGUUUCCGUCGCAUAUUGUUCCAAUUUUAACGUCGGCUGUGAUCGAAUGUCAUCGUGCUGGUUUACGACAGGCCGCUCAUAAAUAUGCAACUUUACUAAUGAAACCGGAAUACCGGAAGCAAAUCGAUGCUAAAUAUUCGAAGAAAAUAGAGGCUGUUGUUCGGAAACCACCGAAAACUGGAAAAGAUGGAGAAAAACUUGAUGAUCCGUCAGAGCCUUUAACUCCGUGUCCCUAUUGUGGCAAUGAAUUACCAGAAAGCGAUAUAUACUGCAGCGUCUGCAAAAAUAAUCUACCAUUUUGCAUUGUAACCGGUCGACAUAUUAUUAUCUCUGAUCUGACCGCUUGUCCGGAAUGCGAUUUCCCAGCCCUAUAUUCAGAGUUUGUACAAUACUUGGAGGCAGAAUCUAACUGUCCGAUGUGUUCGGAAAAGAUUGCAGGUCGAAAAUUGCAAAAGGUUGAUGAUUUUAAGGCCUACUUGAAUUUUGAUUGAGAACUUCUAUAAUUCUCGAACUAUAUUUUUUGUGAUCAAUUAACUUCAAUUCCGUCCACUUAAGUGCAAUUAUUUAUUGAUUACAUAGUUUUUAGGCGAUACACAUUAAUAAUACUCAAUUCAUUGCUAAAUGACCUAAAUGGUUCAGAUAAUUAAAAUCGUGCAUUUUAUUAAUCCAAAUGGAAUUUAAUAAACGCACCAAAAUCUCACAUAAUCUAAU